UCGAAAGCCCUGAUGUACAGCAGCAUCUAGUGGCUGACGCGAGCUUCACUCGGAUGAGAGAGAGAGACGGGAAGAGAUAGAGCAGCUGGAACGCUUCACUAUGGACCAGCACGGCCGCUGCGCGCUCUGACCGAUCGUCUCCACUCUCGUUUUGCUUGGACAACUCUCCAAACACACAGGUUAUGUCACCCCACAGACCGACUGGAAAUCCAGCCGUGAAAGAGAAGGGCUGAUUCCGGACCCCUCCGUGUUUCCGCAGCUGCGCCCCUCCCUGUCCCCAUGGCGACAGGAGGUCAUGCCCCCGAGACAGAUGUGUUGAUCAACCUGCAUCAGGUUUUGUCGGAAGAAGAGAAGGGCUCCACAGCAGGACAAGAAGAUGAGGAAUGGGAGAAGGCCUUGUCUGUGGAGAGGUUUGGGGACAUCAUCACUGAGUCUGCCAUCAACGGAGCAGACAAAAUGGGCCGCAGCUACAAUGAGAAAGACUUUGAGUAUCACCGGCAUACGUUUCACCACACCCACCACCCCCUGUCCACCCAUCUCCCCCCGCAGCGUUUCCGCAAGAGGGUGCUCAGUAUGGACCGCCGGCGAAAGAAAAAGAGGAAAAAAAAGAAGACUUCUAUGCCCCCGUCAGAUGUCACGCCCACUAUUCAUGAAGUGGAUGAGGAGGGGGCGGAGUCUGAGACUGAGGGACAGUGCCAAGCAGCCACGCCCACUGAACCAUCUGAAGAGCUGCCACAGCUCAGUUUGGGGAGUGAGGAGGAUCUGGCGGCCGAUCUCCCUCUCACCAGCUUCAAUAUGGAGAGCGAAAGAGCCCCGAGCAGUGAGGAGACCCCAUCCAGCACCGCCGGAAUGGAGGAGCAGGAGGAAACACCAGAACGACCGGAUGGAGGAGAGGAGGAGGAGGUUUCCAAAAGGUUUAGCCCACUUCCAGAACCUGCCAGUAUUGCAACGCGAAGCUGGUUUCGCAGGAAGCCUGUUCACCGGCUGGCUGGAGCCCAGCGGACCAGCUAUGACCUACGAGAACGCAUCUGUAUAGGCAGCAUGACAGCCAUAGAGACUGCGGUGUACCAGAAAGUACCUACAGACGAGGCGGAGGCUCAGAUGCUAGCCAGCGCUGAUCUGGAUGACAUGAAAAGUCACCGUUUUGAGGACAAUCCUGGGGUUAGACGUCACCUCGUCAAGAAAUCAUCACGUUGUCAAGUCGCACGAACCAGCAAUAGCUCACCUCCUCUGUCCAGUCUGAAGAGGAGGAAGAGGAUGGACAAGAAAACUCAUGAGGUGUUUGUGGAGCUCAAUGAGCUGAUAGUGGAUAAGAACCAGGAGAUGCGCUGGAAAGAGACGGCACGUUGGAUCAAGUUUGAGGAAGACGUGGAGGAGGAGACGGAUCGCUGGGGUAAACCGCAUGUGGCCUCGCUGUCCUUCCGUAGCCUGCUGGAGCUCCGCAGGACCAUCACACAUGGUGCCAUAAUGCUCGAUCUGGAUCAAACCACACUCCCUGGCAUCGCCCACUUGCUGGUGGAAACCAUGAUAAUCUCGGACCAGAUCAGAGCAGAAGACCGAGCCAAUGUGCUGCGAGCCCUGCUGCUCAAACACAGUCACCCCAAUGAUGAGAAAGAAGGCCUUUUCCAUCGGAACCACUCUGUCACCAGUCUGGGGGGAUUCCGUCACAACCACAAUCACGUGCACGACACCAGCCUGCCCCUGGUGUCCCAGGACCACGAGGAGAUGCAUGACAGCAAAGCGGCAGAACAUGACAAAGAGAAAAACCCCCACCCUGUCCCAGCUGAGGGACACGCUGCCGCCAGAUCAAUGAAACUCCUGGCAAAGAUUCCCAAGGAUGCCGAGGCCACUGUGGUCUUAGUGGGGUGUGUGGAGUUCUUAGAGAAGCCUGCGAUGGCCUUUGUCCGGCUCAACGAGGCUGUGCUGCUGGAGUCCGUUCUGGAAGUCCCUGUCCCUGUUCGGUUCCUCUUUGUGCUGCUGGGCCCCAUGCAGACCAACAUGGACUAUCAUGAGAUUGGACGCUCCUUCUCCACCCUCAUGUCCGAUAAGAACUUCCAUGAGGUAGCGUACUUUGCUGAUGAUCGACAGGACCUGCUUAAUGGCAUCAACGAGUUCUUAGACUGCAGUAUUGUAAUUCCACCAUCAGACGUUGAGGGGAAAGACCUGCUGAAGACUGUGGCCUCCUUCCAGAAACAGAUGCUACGUAAGCGUAAGGAGAGGGAGCUCAAGAAAUGCGGCAGUAUUGUGACAGGAGCUGAGCAGGAGACCAAAGAUGUAAUUAUGGAUGAACAGGAGGAGGAGGAUCAGUUUGAUGUUGAUCCUCUCAAGCGCUCUGGUAUUCCCUUUGGAGGUCUGAUUCAUGACAUUCGCCGCCGUUAUCCACGCUACAUAAGCGACCUGAAGGAUGCUGUGGACACACAAUGUAUUGCUGCUGUCAUUUUCAUUUAUUUUGCUGCUCUUUCGCCCACUAUCACCUUCGGAGGUUUAUUAGGUGAGAAGACACAAGGCAUGAUGGGAGUCUCUGAGCUCAUCAUUUCCACGGCGACAGUGGGAGUGCUGUUCUCCCUGCUAGCAGGACAGCCUUUGCUCAUAAUCGGCUUCUCUGGACCACUUCUGGUCUUUGAGGAAGCUUUUUAUAAGUUCUGCCAGGCGCAGGGCUUCGAGUAUCUCACCGGCCGAGUGUGGAUCGGGUUCUGGCUUAUCUUCAUUGUCCUAGUGAUCGUGGCAGCUGAGGGAAGCUUCCUCGUGCGAUACAUCUCUCCAUUCACCCAGGAGAUCUUUGCAUUUCUCAUCUCUCUCAUCUUCAUCUAUGAAACCUUCUCUAAGCUCAUCAAGGUGUUUCAAGAGCACCCUCUGAUGAUGAGCUACCCUACAACCCCUGCCUUCAAACCCAUAGACCCUUACGGGCAUAGUGUGAUUGGGGAACCCAUCCUCAACCAGCCCAACACAGCCCUGCUGUCCUUAGUGCUCAUGAUGGGAACCUUCUUUGUGGCCUUCUUUCUGCGAAAGUUUCGUAACAGCAGAUUCCUUGGUGGAAAGGCCAGACGAAUCAUUGGUGAUUUCGGGAUACCUAUCUCUAUACUCAUCUCCGUGCUGGUGGACUGCACCAUCCCUGAGACAUACACACAGAAGCUGAACGUGCCCUCUGGUUUCUCGGUCACAUCUCCGGACAAACGGAGCUGGUUUAUCAGCCCCUUUGGAGAUAAACAGCCUUUCCCUAUUUGGAUGAUGGGGGCCUCAGUGAUCCCGGCCCUGCUGGUUUUUAUCCUCAUAUUCAUGGAGACUCAAAUAACCACCUUGAUAGUGAGCAAGAAGGAGCGGCGUUUGGUCAAGGGUUCUGGCUUUCAUCUGGACCUGCUUCUGAUAGUGAUUUUAGGAGCUAUCUGCCCACUCUUCGGUCUGCCCUGGCUGACUGCCGCCACUGUGCGCUCGGUGACUCACGUGAAUGCACUGACAGUCAUGAGCAAAGCCACCGCCCCCGGAGAGAAGCCCAUGAUCCAAGAAGUUAAAGAGCAGAGGGUGACAGGGAUGUGUGUGGCUAUCCUAGUGGGGUUGUCUAUAGUGAUGACAGAUGUGCUGCGUCAUAUUCCUCUGGCUGUGCUGUUUGGGAUAUUUCUGUACAUGGGCAUCACGUCUCUUACUGGUAUCCAGCUUUAUGAGCGAAUCACACUCAUGGUCACCCCUGCUAAACACCAUCCUGACCACAUCUUUGUUACCAAGGUGAAGACAUGGCGUAUGAACAUGUUCACCAUCAUUCAGUUGCUGUGUAUCACCCUGCUGUGGGUGGUGAAGUCGACUGUAGCCUCUCUGGCCUUUCCCUUCAUCCUAAUCAUGACCGUACCUUUGCGUAGACUUAUCCUGACCAGGAUCUUCGAGGAGAGAGAGCUUGCAGCAUUGGAUGCUGAUGAGGAUUCGCCCAAUUUCGAUGAAGAUGGACGGGAUGAGUACAAUGAGAUCCACAUGCUUGUCUAGUCACAUGGCUCACCUCUUCUUCACUGACCAAUCGAAUGCACGAUGGGAAAGAUGUACAGAAUGGGAAGAACUCUGAUGCACUGCCCUCUUUCAGAAUUAUUUCACAUGUACUUUGAAAUUUUCUAAACCUCCGUUCUAAAAAGAAUCACUGAUCAUGUUUUGGAUACUAUUUUCCUUUUACUCCAAAAUGUGGCCUAAAUGUUUGUCUGCUGCUGCCCAGUGACCUUUGAAUAUAAGAUUAGAUACAACCCAUGCACCUUAGACCUCCCAAAGUGCAAUGAUGGUGAGACUAAUCCAUUAGGUUGGUUCUUACACCUCCAAUUCACCCCAUCCCAAUGCACUGCACCCAUGCGGUCCAGACCUACUGCCUGUAGAUCUUAGUUGCCUUGUACUUUACUGUAGGCAUUGACCACAGAGUUUGAAUAUUACAGUAGCACGACCUCUCAGUGUCCUUAGAGUGGUCGGUCCCUUUGCUGUGCUUGAAAACUGUAGUGCAGUCCCUUUAGAUGUACUUUAUGCAGUAGUGAUACCACUUUGAUUGAUGUAUGCAGUAGUUACAAUGCAUUUAGAGGUGCUAUAAGUGAUUUUUUUUAAAAUAUUUUUAUUUUAUGAAAUAGCAUGCAGAAAACGUCCCUGCUUCCGGACAGAUGUGACUCUCAGACUGUCAGUCAUUUUGAAUUCUUUGGCUUCUGGGGGUUAGCGAAAUGGCUAACAUUGCUUACAGCCCAUUUAAUAGAAAAAACAAAAACAAAAACAUUAUUUAACUUUAGCCUUCCAAACAGAUUCACAGUAAAAGUGUAUUUGAUUUGAUUUGAUUUGAUUUAAG